AUGACAAGGAAGAAAGUGAAGCUUGCUUUCAUAAUGAAUGACUCAGCAAGGAAAGCAACCUACAAGAAAAGGAAGAAGGGUUUAAUGAAGAAGGUGAAUGAGUUGAGCACAUUAUGUGGCAUUGAUGCAUGUGCCAUAAUAUAUAGCCCAUAUGAAGCUCAACCUGAGGUGUGGCCGAAUAACAUCGGUGUCCAACGCGUGCUAGCCCAGUUCAAAAGGAUGCCAGAGAUGGAGCAAAGCAAGAAAAUGGUGAAUCAAGAGAGCUUCAUCAAGCAAAGGAUCACCAAAGCAAAUGACCAACUCAAGAAGCAGAUCAAGGAAAAUAGGGAGAAGGAGAUGACUGAGGUUAUGUACCAAUGCUUGACCGGAAAAGGGACGAUAGCAAACUUGAUCCUGCCAGAUUUGAAUGAUCUAGGUGGGUUGGUGGACCAAACCAUAAAAGACAUUUCUAGGAGGAUUGAGUCCCUAAAGAAAGACACCACGGGUAAAGGCGUAGCCGUGACACCGGAGUCAGUUCCACCUAGAGCACAUGGAAGUGUUGGCGAUCAUGCUUCGAGUAGUAAUAAUGAAAUGAUGAUGAGAGGACAUGUGCUGCAGGCAUGGGAGAAAAUACCUAUGGUUGAUCCUAAUAUGAGUGGUAUGGGUGGGAUGCAAAAGACUCAAUGGUUCACAGAUUGGAUGAACAAUCCAUCUGAACAAAAUAUGGGUCUUGGUCCCGGGUAUGAGAUGGCUCCGUUUGUUGACAACCCGAAUCUGAUGUGGCCAAACCAUUAUUUUCCAUGA